GGACAGGGCCCAGCGGGCGAGUGUCGGGGGCGCGCGGGCCGGGCGCUGAGGGGGUCAUGCUGCUCCUGCGGCAGCUGCACGAGGCGGCCCUGAGGCGGCUGCUCGCGCCCGCCGGGGGCGCCGCCACCAAGCCCAAAGCCUCCGAGGUGCUGAGCCGCCACCUGCGGCAGCGGGGCCUGCCCCACUGGACCUCGUACUGCGUGAAGUACAGCGCCGUGCGCAACGACCAGUUCGGCCUCUCGCACUUCAACUGGCAGGUGGACGGUGCCAACUACCACGUCCUGCGCACGGGCUGCUUCCCCUUCAUCAAGUACCACUGCUCGCGGGCCCCGCGCCGCGACCUGGCGCUGCAGAACGCCGCCUUCACCGCCCUCAAGCUCCUCAACGCGGGCAUCCCAACUUUAUUAUAUGGAAUUGGCUCCUGGUUUCUUGUUAGUGUCACAGAGACUGUUCACACAAGUUGUGGCCCAGUUACUAUUUAUUUUCUGAAUAAAGAAGAUGAAGGUGCCAUGUACUGAAAUUGUACAUUCAAGCACUUAUUUGUUACAAAAACUGUUCCUGUUUCAGCAGAUGCAUGAAAUGAAUAUUGGAGUCAAUGAAGAUAAGCUAUUAGCAGCUUUGGAAAAUGAAUUGACUUUUCUACUGUCCUCAAAAGCGUUAGCUCUAAAGACAGUGAUUGAAAUGCUUAUUGCUGAGAAGAAACUUCUGAUUAUUUAAAAAAAAAUCUCUUUAUUUAUAUACAUUGGAUAGGUUAUGAUAUUUGUAAUGUAACCUGAAGGCAAGGAACACAUUCUCCAAAAACGAUACACAUACACCUCCACCCCAAUAUAAUGCGGUCCUCAGGAGACAAAAAAUCUCACCGUGUUAUAGGUGAGACCAUGUUAUAUCAAACUUGCUUUGCCCCACCCCUCCCUUGUUCCCUGACUGCUGCUCCCUCCCUAAUCACCCCCAGGACCUCACCCCCUACCCAACCUCCCUGUCCCCUAACUGUUCCGACCCCUAUCCACCCCCCCUCCCCUGACAGGCACUCACCAGCAGCAGCGGGAAGCAGAGCAGCCCAGCCCCAGUCUGCUCUACUCCGCCAGCUUCCCACCGUCGGUGAGUGCAGGGAGGUUGGGGAAAGGAUGCCUCCCCGCACUCACCUGUGGCGGGC